AUGUCUACUCUGCCAUUUGCCAGCUAUAGCUCUCCCGAUUUGGAGAAACAAUUUGUUGUUGACCCAUCAGGUCCUCAGUAUCAGACUACGGAUGGUGUCACUACCGGUCCAAGUCCUCACGUUUUGAAUGCUGGCCAAGUAGAUAAGGAUAAACCCGCCCCACCAAAACAAAUGGAUAACGGUGAAUUUACUGCAUUAGGUUGCCUCAGAGCUCAAUUGACUGGAUUACAAGACGAUAUUAACAAAUUCCUCACUGAUCGUAUGGAACAUGCCAAAAGAAAAAAGGCUAAAUUAGAUCAGGAUAAAGACCGGGAUAACAGAAUUAACAAGGAGAUCAAAGAUCUCCUUGACGGCGGUGAUGAUGAUAAUAAUGGUGAUGAUAGUAGCCAAUGA